UUUUAUUGUAUUUUGUAUUUAAUAAGCUAGCAAAUUUCGUAUUUCGUCACCGCCAGCCUCACCAUCAUCUUCAAAUCUGACGCGAUACGUGAUGGCAGGAAAAUAUGGAUCAAUCCGGCAGAGUUUUCUGGAUCAGAACAGGGAAAAAGCCUUUUCUCGUAAGGGAUAUUCCGAUUUCGGCCUGAACAGCUACGACGGCGCCGGCGACAACGUGAAAUGUCGAUGUUUCCGUACACUUACCGAUUCAAUCACCAACUUCUUGAAAGGCUUACGAGAUACUACCGUCAAGUUGUACGAAAUGGGUCGCUCCGAUCCCCGCAAGAUCUUCUUCGCUGCCAAGAUGGGGCUGUCGCUUGCGUUCGUUUCGCUCGUCAUUUUCUUUCGCGAGGCUUUGAAAGAAGUUGGCCAAUAUACAAUCUGGGCUAUUCUCACUGUUGUCGUCGUUUUCGAGUUCAGCGUUGGGGCAACGCUUAGUAAAGGGUUUAAUCGUGCAUUGGGGACAUUUUCAGCCGGUGGACUUGCUAUUGGUAUUGCUGAACUAUCCGUCUUAGCUGGACCAUUUAAGGAAGUUAUAAUCGUAAUCAGUAUAUUCCUUGCAGGGUUUUUUGCAAGCUAUUGUAAAUUGUAUCCGCCGAUGAAGUCGUAUGAAUACGGGUUCAGGGUAUUUCUGUUGACAUUUUGCAUCGUGUUGAUAUCUGGAAGUACAUCGUCGUUUUUCCGAACGGCUUUUUAUCGAUUACUAUUCAUUGGCGUCGGUGCUACCAUGUGCUUGGUAGUGAAUAUAUUUAUCUUCCCCAUUUGGGCAGGGGAGGAUCUGCACAAAUUGGUUGUGAAAAAUUUCAAAAACGUUGCUACUUCAUUGGAAGGUGUCGUUAAUGAAUACCUUCAGUGUGUGGAAUAUGAGAGAAUCUCCUCAAAGAUUCUUACAUAUCAAGCCUCUGAUGACCCUGUAUAUAGUGCUUAUAGAUCUGCUGUGCAGUCCUCGAGUCAAGAGGACACUUUGUUGGACUUUGCCUGUUGGGAGCCACCGCAUGGCCCUUACAAGACAUUCAAUUAUCCAUGGUACAAUUAUGUCAGAGUGAGUGGUGCUCUUAGGCAUUGCGCUUUCAUGGUCAUGGCAAUGCACGGAUGUAUUCUUUCAGAAAUCCAGGCUCCACCGGAGAAAAGAAAGGUUUUUGCGAAGGAGCUUCAGAGGGUUGGCACUGAGGGAGCUAAGUUCUUACGUGAGCUUGGGAGCAAAGUAGAAAAGAUGGAGAAGUUAAGCUCAGUCGACAUGCUAUUGGACGUUCAUGAUGCUGCAGAAGCUUUACAAAUGAAGAUUGAUGAGAAAUCUGAUAUACUGGUGAAUUCAGCUAAUUGGAGACCUGGAAAACAGCACAAGGAACAUGAAGAUCUUCAACAUCUUAUUGAUACCAAAGAUGAUCAUGGCAGACAGUUGGUAAUCGAAUCCCUGAACGAUACGUUGGAUGCUCAACACUCGAGCAUCGGCUUCAACCCUUCCAUUACAGAAUGGGUAUCCACAGAAAGUGUCUUCAACAAACACCUGGUUUCAUGGCCACGCCUUUCAUUUUUGAACGACACCGUGCCGAAUGAAAGAGAGUCAAAAGUAUAUGAAAGUGCAAGCUCCUUAUCUUUGGCAACGUUUACUUCGCUUCUCAUCGAGUUUGUUGCAAGGCUGCAAAAUCUCUUGAAUGCAUUUGAAGAACUCAGUGAGAAGGCAAAUUUCAAGUCACCAGCGGAGAUUAAAAUUGAAAAGGAGAAAGUUGGGUGUUGGACUAGAUUUUUAAGACUUGUUGGCAUCAAGAAUUGAGGCUACAUAGGAUGCCAUGCCCUUCCAUAGUUGUUGAUUCCACUGGAUUAUCUGAUACCAUUCAUCUCUGGAGUUGGCUCAUUAGUGCACCUUUCAUACAGUGAUGGUUGAAUUUGAUAUCAGAGUUUGGUUAACCUAUGCCCUCAUAUAUUUUUCUGGCAGGUAACGUAAAUGGACCUGUCCUGUGUAUAAGCUCGAUCCGGGUCCGGGUCAUCAUAGAUGUGUCUUGGAUGGACACUACAAUCUGUUCAUCAAAGCUGUUAGUUUGAAUGUGCCUGUGGUAUGAUAGUAUAUUGAUUUUGGCUCUAGAUGUGAUGUUAAAGAGGUGGAUUGUGCAGUACGUUUACGAUGCGCAGCAGCAGCGGCAGCACUCCGUGUUCUUAAUAUACUCCUGCAUGCUCAAGCUUGUCAGUCAGAUUUGAUUGUAUAUUAUUCUAUUUGUCUUAUCCUGAUUAAAGAUACAUAUAGAAGUGCAAGCCAAAACCGAAUAUAGGAGGAAACCUCCUUUAGAUUGGUCAGUUUGAACCUUAAAUGUUGGCUUCUUUGGAUUUGUACAAACUAUUUUGGUUGGUUUCUUUUGAUUAAUUCACUUAGUUUUUGAGCCGGUUCAGUUCGUUUCAA